AUGCUGACCACUUUUGGCCAAUUUAUAAGUGCUGCUGAAUUCAACGAUCUGCAUGUUCAGAAAUGGAACGAUUACAAAACACAGUUUGACAAAAAGUACGAAACCGCCGAGCUGGAGAACCAAAGAAUGGCUGUUUUCGUAGAAAAUUCCAAUAAAGUAACCCAGCACAAGGAAAAAUUUGAAAACGGUGAAACCGCCGAAGAGUUUAAGAAAACGCACGCAUCUCAUGGAAAGGUCCAGAUAGACAUGUCUUAUUGUAGAUAUCAGUUUCCCAAGUACGAUGAACGUCUAAUUAAAGCAUUACCUUCCAACCUAGGCAAAGCUCCAGAAAGUAAAAACUGGGUCAAAGAAGGAGCAGUAACCGAUGUAAAAGACCAAGGUACAUGUGCCAGUUGUUGGGAUUUUGCGGCGGUAAGUUGGACAAUCAGCACCAUCGAAUCUCACUACUAUUUACAUGGUCCGCAAAAAAAGCUCGUGUCACUUAGUACCCAGCAAGUUUUAGACUGCCUAAGUGCCACCCAAAAAUAUGGAACCAACAAUUGCAAAGAUGGGGGUUGUCCAGCGAGUGCAUUGCAGUAUGUGAUCGACAAUGGAGGAAUAGACGCUGAUCAAUCCUACGGAUAUUUGGGAAAGGAGGGAAAAUGCCAGUACAAAUUAUGUGAAAAAAAGGCUGCCAUAAAAGAUUUCAAGAUUGUAAUGCCAGAAGAUGAAAAAUUACUCAAAGAAGUAGUCGGUUUAAUCGGACCAGUUACUUGUGCUGUCAACAUUGAUGACGAUUUUCGAUUCUACAGUUCAGGUAUUUUUUCAAGCAAUUGUUGCAAAAAGAAACCACGAUCUGAAAUGAAUCACGAUUUCGUAAUAGUUGGCUACGGUUCGGAAAAUGGAGUAGAUUAUUGGUUGUGUAAGAAUGAAUGGGGCAAUGAUUGGGGAGAGGGAGGGUAUAUAAGAAUACGACCCGUUAUUGCUGCAUGCUGCAUCCCAGACGGCGUAAUAUCUACAUUCGUAAUGUGUAAUAUUGUAACAACGCUGCGAUGGCUGCUGACUGCUGAGUGCUUCUUACUGUACGAUGAGAUGACAAAGAUGGAAGAAAGUAAACAGCUCAUAGGCCUAGCUGGAUGCUUAUUGUCUGCCCAACGCGACGCCUGCGUCCGUCUGCAAAUUAAUUUCGCUGCGACUGCGAGUCCAUUAGAUGAUGAGAUGACCUCGACGGGCGCUUGCCAAAAACAUUAA